AUAAAAGUGAAACCACUUUGUGACACAGACUUACGGUAAGUUUGUCUUCCCAAAGUGGUCAACAAAGAGUAGAGUAAGUAUAUGGUGGUCAAUAUCAUGCAAAUAUUACCGGUUGUUGUUGUUAUUUGUACAUAAUUUCAGAGCAGCAAUUACAUACAUUUUAUGCCUUUCUCGUCACAAUAACUAUUAUGCAUAUUAUGAGAUAAAUACAAAUACAAAUCUUUAUUCGAUAAAACAUUCAAGGUUUUACAAAAAUUGUUGAAAUUGUUGAGAUUUCUUUUGGGCACAAUGGUGCCUGUAACAGAAAGCCUCGCCUCACUCUCACUCUUCCAUAGCCAUCAUACCAUCUGUAUGUAUGAAUAGGUAUUAAUUUUAAUACUUAUUUUGCUAUAAUUUGUGAAAAGAUGACUCUACAAUGUGUAACAUCUCCUGAGGAUGCUCCAGUUUCAGGGUGAAAUUAUGGUAGCAUUAUGCUGUCAUUUCUGAGGGGUACAGUUUCACCAACCUGACCCAUCAGAGCAAAUUUGUGAAGUAUGCAUAGUACGGUUGAGGGAAGCACUUGAAUUUAAAAAGGAGAUCUUAGCUACGCAGGAGAUGUUGCAAGAAGGUGUACAAGUUGUAAAGGAGGAUGUAUCAAAUGAGAAACAACAAAUGGAAGAAGGUCCAGAGGACGUGCCUCUAACACAUGUUAGUGUGGAGUUUCUCCAGAAAAAGGAUGAAGACUAUGAUGACUACAUACCAGAAGUUGACAAGAUCAAAGAGAUCACUAACGAUAAGUUCUACAAGUUUGUCAGAGAUAUCCAAAAGCUCCUCACAUACACCAACGCUAUACCGUUCAGGACACGAGCAACUAGAUACUACUGCUUCUACUGUUCCACCGACGGACCACUCUUCGAAGACCCUGACGAGCUCCGCAGCCACACAACCACCAAGCACGACAAGGAGAGAAUAAGCAGAGUAGAACAGCAUAUGAAACCGCAGUGGCUGAAUGAGGUCAUAAAGUUUGACAUCAAAGAUUUACAGUGCACCGAAUGUAUGUUGACAUUACAUGAUUGGAACAACAUGUUUGUGCAUUUUGCAGAAACGCAUGACAUUGGAUUCGAUGAGGCAUACACCAGAGUGAUACCGUACUCUCUGACUUCAGAUCUACAAUGUGUUCUGUGUCAUGAGAAGUUUGCCAACUACGGUCUCCUCGAUAUCCACAUGAAUUUGCACUACAGCAACCAUGUCUGCUUCAAAUGUGGUGACACAUUUCUGUCGGUCUCACGGUUGGAUAAACAUAUGACGACUCACAAAACUGGUAACUUUCCAUGUACAAAAUGUGACAAAUCAUUUUCUUUAAAUUACUAUUUGACGAGGCAUGUCAAUUUGGUGCACAACCAGAAGACUCCGAAGUGUGUGUAUUGUAAGAAGAAUGUUGAAGGACCGAUGCAUUUGCAUAUAAGUGAGGAACAUAGUGAAAAAGUGAAACCUUUGACGUGUGAAGUGUGUGGUAAAGUGUUCACUUGGAAACCAUAUUUUGUUGCGCAUAUGCGGAGGAAUCACAUUGGUGUAAAAAAGUAUAAGUGUGAGCAUUGCCCCAAAAAGUUUAUUAAGCCAUAUGAGUUGAAGACUCAUAGCAUAACUCACACCAGACUGUCUAGACUAUUUGAGUGCGGAGCAUGUAAAGCAACGUUCAACAGCAUAACUUCUAUAAAAAAACAUAUAUCUGUUCAUGAUAAGGAAAAAUAAUGAAAAAUUCCUCUGAUGGGAGGAAAACAUAAAGCUCACAGCGGGACGAACAUGGAGGAAGGUUGCAAUAGAUAGAGAGCAGUCAAAGUAGCUGGAGGAGGUAUUAUGCCAAAAGGCAAACUCGGAUAUGUGAGAAAUUCUUUAUAAUAAAACUAAAAUUUAAAAAAAAAAUGUAUGUAAAAAAAUUUAUUUCUUAAAAUAUGUUUAACAACUGCUUGUACAUUAUUAUAAUA